AUGGUUGAGGAAAAGAAAGAAAAGAAGCCGAAGAAGCAGCCGGCGCCAAAGCCAGCUCCGGCUCCCGUGAAAGAUGUUGCCGCGAAACCGGCCAAGAAAGAGAAGCCAGCGAAGGCGAAGGGUUACCCAGUGCGGAAACCCAAGCGAAUGCUUCCUGCCGGACGGCUCUACGCUAAAGCCAUCUUUGUAGGAUUCAAGCGUGGUUUGAGGAACCAGCAUGAGAACACUGCGCUUCUUAAAGUGGAAGGUUGUCGUGCGCUUGAAGAUGCAAGAUACUACGUCGGAAAGAGGGCUGCGUUCGUGUACAAGGUACAAGAUGUCCCGAAUGAUCGUUUUGAACGUGCGAAGAAGCAGAAGAAGGCCCUCAAGGGAAAGCCCGGCUUGAAGUCCAAGAUGCGCGUCAUUUGGGGCAAAGUGACGAGGACACACGGGAACGCUGGUGGUCUCCGUGCCAAGUUCAAGCGGAACCUUCCUCCCGCCGCGAUGGGCCGACGAAUCCGAAUCAUGAUGUAUCCAUCCAACAUCUGA